AUGUUCACCGUGCAAGAGGUUCAAGAGCUUCGGAGCUCGUCUCCAACCAGACUCAACAUGCUCGGUAUCGCCAGCAUGAUGCAUAGAGAAGCAUUUCUCCCUAGAAAGCAGUCUACCGACCAUCUAUCUUCGAUUCCAAGAUCUCUGCUCCACCCUCAAACCCCUCCUGACUCAACCUCGUGUAGUCCGAUUGUCAAACCUGAGGCUAACAUUGUUGCGGCAGGGUCCUUCUCAGCUGCCUCAAGUAUCUCCCGAGAGUGCUCUCCGAUCCCUCGUUUGACUCGCCUCAACUCCUACGCCAACCCUUCUCCCAUCAAGUUGCCUAGUCUCGAGGAAUUUGACCAAGGUGUUGACGCCAUCGCCCGGUCGAAUGGAUCAACACGGUCUUGGACUCCCCCCUCACCUCUUCCUAGCCUGCGUCGCGGUUCCAUACUCCCCCAGCCACUGCCAUCAAUGUUGGCCUUUUCAAUCCAUGAGCCCAGCUACCCAAACUAUGCCAUUAGCAGCGAUUUCUGCCCUUCAAGGAUGGACGGCUACCCCAGCCCACCCCCCGACAGCGAGGGGAGGCACAUCAACCAAAAGUACACCACAGAAGAGGGAGAUUUUAUCAUCUACGCCUGGCACGACAGGAAACUGAAAUGGCAGCGUAUCAAGCAAGACUUUGCGAGCAUGUUCGGCCGAACGCCAGAGAGGACCGUUCAAGGCCUUCAGGCUUGGUACUACCGCAUGAACCAGCGUAUCCCACUCUGGGACGACGAUGGCUGGCUCAUCUUUGACAACGACGACGACAUGGAGCCAAAACACAUCAGCAUCAAGUGCCGCGAGAGAGAUACACAGGACCGGCCGAUGGAGCCCUUGGGGCUUGCCCAGCGGUACCCUGAGCGAGCCAUGCACUACUCCUGGGUCGACUCCGAAACAAAGCGCAAGUGCCGCGACUGGGCUCACAAGCGAACCAUGCAGUUCCGUGAACGCAGAGAACGGCGAAAGAGAAAAGAGCAGAGACGCCUAAAAAUCUAA